AUGCCCCACAUGGGCCUUUGUUGUCAUCGCUCUGCCGACAAGGAGAACUUACGUCCAGGGCAUCGGUGGCCUGACAGCGCUAAGCUGCCCCUGCGACGGCCAAAUAGCGCAGAUCUCCACCGUGACAGCGCAGAUUACCGCAGUGACUUUGCAGAUUACCACCGCGAUAGCGCAGAUUACCACCGUGACAGCGCAGAUUACCGCAGUGACUUUGCAGAUUACCACCGCAAUAGCGCAGAUUACCGCAGUGGCAGAGCAGAUUGCCGCAGCGAUAGCGCAGAUUGCCGCCGCGUCAACGCACAUUACCACUACGACAGCACCGAUUUUCGUAGAAACAGCGUCGAUAGUCACCGCGUCGCCGUAGUUUACCGCCGCGAUUCCACCAAUUGUCACUGCGUUUCCGCAGACGGUGAUGACAUGGAGCCGAUCGCCUCCUGCAGGAGGUGCGUGCCCCCCAGCACCUUCCUGCAAGUCAGCUCAAUCUUGGGCUCCAGAAAAAAUUCCAGAGGCUCGAGUUCAGGCCGCAGCUCCCUGGCCUCCGUCAUGUCGGUGAAAUCUGCAGACAACUUUCCUCGGGGAUCGUCGUUGACCGUUGAAGGCGUCUCGGCUGUCACGAGUCUCAGACCAAGACGCGCCGUGUCUCUCAAACUCCCCAGCAAACACCGCAAAGGGCAGGACGAGGAGUCACGUCUACCAACAAUCUACGUGCAAGAUCCCCCCACCAGGAGAAAAACGUCGCUGCAGAGAGCGUUAUCGCUGCUUUCGGUGGGUGGCUCCGCGAACAAUGCAUCUGUCCCUCCAAAACCUGUACGUAAAAUUCUUCGCCAGCCGACGCGCCGGCGGCAUGUGCAGGGUUUCAGCGGCCUGCCAAUUGCCGACCAAAACCGAGCCCCUCUGUCGCGGUCCAGCCCUCUCUACUACCCGACCCCUGCACCCCCACGAACGCGGCGGGUUUCAGACUUCAACUGAAGUAAAAAUUACUGUUUAUUUUAUUAAAACUUCGAAUCGAAGUGCGUGAAUUUUGAUGUUGAUUGUCGUGCUAACUCUGUUGUGGUUUUGAUAUCGGAAUCGAUGUUAAAAAUAAGCCAAAAUAAAGUAAAAUAUUGGCAAUCCUGUGCUCACGGCCUGUCGAAACUGUAUCAAGUGGAAUUUUCUCCUCGAAACUUUUUGUUUCUUCUCUCUUCAGCAGACUUCCUUCUGAUACAUGAGGGCUUAAUUCAAAUUAACUUCUUCCUGCCUACGUGGCCCUUCAGCAGACAUUUUACAUUUUUUUGUGACUUUUUGUGGGCUUCCUACUUUUGCCGAGUAUGUGGUUCGUUCACUGACGUGAAUGUGAGGAUAGUAAUACUGCAGUUAUUUCACCAUUGAUCUUAUGAGCUCAAAUUACAGUUAGAGCAGAUUUCAUGCACACGGCUGUGUUCUUAAGGCCAUAGGCCUACGACCUACGAAUUUCGACGUAAUAAGAACCGCGCUGUUGGUAGAUGGAGUGCUGAUGGAGGACUGAUGGAGCGCUGAUGGAGUGCUGAUGGAGCGUUGAUAGGGUGCUGAUGGAGCGUUGAUGGAGGACUGAUUAAGCGCUGACGUAACGCUGCUGGAAGGUUGGAGUCUCGCUGAUCACUGAUGGAACACUGAUAGAUAUUGAUGAAGUUAUUUUUGCCUUGUGUGAUGCAAGCUAGGCUGUGGUGAGCAGCGUGUGUGUAUUUUUUAAAUUUUGAAUAUUUUGUGGAACAAGUGUCUAGAUUGUCGUUUUUUCAGACUGGUGUUAAGUAUUGUCACGAACUUACCAUCUAUAGUUCCACGAACACACCAUCUAGUUCCACGAACACAACAUUUAGUUUCACGAAAACAUCAGCGAGUUCUACGAACAUUUCAUCUAGUUUCACGAAUACAUCAUCUAGUUUCCCGAACACAUCAAGUUCCACAAACACAACAUUUAGUUUCAGGAACACAUCAUAUAGUUUCACGACCAUAUUUUCGAGUUCCACGAACACAUCAUUGGAUUUCAUGAACAGCAUCAUCGAGUUCCAAGAACACAUCGGUUCUCGUCUGCACAUAUUCCAGCUCCGAUUUGAAUUUGUUUAGCAGGUUGUACAAAUGAACAUUUUGCUAUUUGCUAGAAGAUUUACUGGUAUUUAUCUUUACUUAAAGAAGUAUUAUUAAUAUAACUUUUGUAGCAGUCUUGAGAUUUUGUGAUGUCGCAGCAAACUGACCAUUCACAUUCAUUAAUAAUGUAUGAAUGGA